UGCCUGUGAGAGGGAGGCGGGAAGUGACGCCCCUGCGCGCCGAGGGACGAGAGCGCUCCCUGCUCGGGGUCGGCGGGGCCGGGGCAGAAGGAAGGACCCGCGUAGGGGACAUCCUGAAGUUCGGAUGGGCGAGCAGUGGACUUAGUUACAGGCGGAAGGCCCUGCAAGGGCCAAGGCAGGGAUGUGGGGAUGGACACACUUGGAGAACAGAUCAGAUCUUCGACCCCCCCGAGGAGUUAGAGCAGAAGGUGUGGGAGCUGGCACAGUUGGUCUGGCAGUCCUCCAACGUGGUGUUCCACACAGGCGCUGGCAUCAGUACUGCCUCGGGCAUCCCCGACUUCAGAGGCCCCCAUGGCGUCUGGACGAUGGAGGAGCAGGGCCUGGCCCCCAAGUUCGACACCACGUUUGAGAGUGCAUGCCCCUCGCAGACGCACAUGGCGCUGGUGCAGCUGGAGCGUGUGGGCCUCCUCCGCUUCCUGGUCAGCCAGAACGUGGACGGGCUGCACGUGCGCUCCGGCUUCCCCAGGAACAAGCUGGCAGAGCUUCAUGGAAACAUGUUUGUAGAAGAAUGUGUCAAGUGUAAGACGCAGUAUGUCCGGGACACCGUUGUGGGCAGCAUGGGCCUCAAGGCCACUGGCCGGCUCUGCACCAUGGCCAAGGCGAGGGGGCUGCGGGCCUGCAGGGGGGAGCUGAGAGACACCAUCCUGGACUGGGAGGAUGCCCUGCCCGACCGGGACCUCACUCUUGCUGAUGAGGCCAGCAGGAACGCAGACCUGUCCAUCACGCUGGGCACCUCCCUGCAAAUCCGACCCAGUGGGAACCUGCCACUGGCCACCAAGCGCCGCGGCGGCCGGCUGGUCAUCGUCAACCUUCAGCCCACCAAGCAUGACCGCCACGCCGACCUGCGCAUCCACGGCUACGUAGACGAGGUGAUGACCCGGCUCAUGAAGCACCUGGGCGUGGAGAUCCCGGCCUGGGACGGCCCCCGCGUGCUGGAGAGGGCGCUGCCACCCCUUCCCCGCCCUCCCGCCCCCAAGCAGGAGCCUAAGGCAGAGCCCCCUGCCCAACACAAUGGGCCAGCACCCGCCAGCCCCAAGCAGGAGCCCAGGGCGGAGCCGUGUGCCCAGCACAAUGGCUCCGGGCCCACCAGCCCCAAACGGGAGCGGCUGGACAGUCCUGUCUCGUACGGGCCUCCAAAAAAAGUGAAGGUGGAGGUGGGUCCCAGCUGACCAGGGGCCCUGGGGGGUGGGGCUUUUGUAGAAAUCAUAGAUCCGUUUUUUUCCUGCCGGUCUCACUUUAUUACUUGUAUCUAUUUGUCGGUCCGUGGGGGUUGCAGGAGAGACCCCAGGGCGCUGAGAGCUGGGCCCGAGGUCCUGGGCAGAUUUGCACUCCAUCAUGUCCCCCUUCAGCUCUUGGGGCCCCUCUUAGGGGCCUGGGACGGAGCACCCCACCCUGGACCCUGACCCUGGAGCUGACACCCCAGCCCCCACCUCCCCACUCAGGAUGUUCUGGGGAGGUGUGGCCAGGCCCUCUCUGGUUUCCAGGCUGAACAGGAAUGAACUUCCACUCCCUGGGCCCUUACACUCCCCUGCCCUGCCUCCCCAGAAGCGCCUAUGCAGUCCCUUCGGGGGGAAGGGAGGCCGAGCCACAUUUAAGAGCCAGACUUCAUGGGGGGACUGACAAUACAGGCCUGCACUGCCUUUGGAGCUGGAGGGAGAAAUUGGUGGGUCCACCUGGUUUCUUCCAGGCUUCCAGAAAAGUCUUCAAUGCAAUAAAAACAAAUUCUUGCAUCUGA